AUGGCCACCUUUCGCGGCAGCAGGCGAGGGCGCAGCAGCGGCAGUGGAGGGCGACCCGGCCGCCGCUUCCUGACGAUCGCCGUGUCCGCCUUUGUGGGCGUCAACCUGUUCCUGCUGCUGCGGGGCUCUGGCCGGGCGCCCUCCCAGCUCUCUGACGGCGUGGCUGCUGGGGAGGGAUCGCACAGGUACAGGCAGACCGAGGAGCACGACGAAGCAGCGGUGGCAGACCAGGCCGCCAUCCUCACGGCGGGAGCAACGGGGGAGGCGGGCAAGCAGCAGCAGGGCGGCGCCGCAGACGGCACGGAGCAGUGCCACACCGAGGAGCACGCCGAGUACGAUGGGGAGACUGUGGUGCAGUGGGGGGACAAAAAUUACAAGGAGUCGGCGGCGGCCUGCUGCGCGGCGUGCCAGGCGGCCACGCAGGGCGCCAAGCGGUGCAACGUGUGGGUGUACUGCUCGGCGGCCGACGGCUGCGGCACGGGGCGAGCCCACAGGGAGUGCUGGCUGAAGCACAGCAAGGGGCUGGACCCCACCAAGCCCAGCGGCCGCCGCGGGCCGGGCAUCGGCUGGACCUCUGGCGCCAUCUAUACUGAAGAGGAGCGGCUGGCGGCGGUCAGCCGGGUGCAGGCAGUGGCCAACCAGGAGCAGGCCUACCUCGACGCCCUCCGCAACAACGAGACCCUGCCGAUGGUCUGGCUGGAUGUGGAGAUCAAGGGCAAGCCGGUGGGGCGCAUCGAGAUGGUGCUCUUCUCCCACAUCAGCCCCAGAGCCGCAGAGAACAUGCGGCAGCUGUGCACGGGCGAGUCGGGUGUGGUGCCCACUGAGCCUGCGGGGAAGGAGGGCGCUGGCAAGGCGCGGCACAUCAAGGGCGCCUACUUCUAUCGAAUCAUCGACCAGGCAAGCCGUUUCUCAUGGUGGUGGUGUCUCUGUUUUAUUGACCAGACGGGGGUGGAGACUGAGUCGGUGUUUGGCGGGCAGUUCAAGGACGACCCAGGCGGCCUGGCGCUGAAGCACGAGCACAAGGGCCUGCUGUCAAUGGCCAACAUGGGCCACGACACCAACACCGCCCACUUCAGCAUCAUGAUGGGACCUGCCCCCCACCUGGACGGCUCCUACACCAUCUUUGGCCAGGUAGUGUCUGGUUUUGAUGUGGUGGAUGCCAUCAACGCCUUGUCUAAGGGAAAGAAGGACAAUACGGCCACGGCAGAGGAUGGCGCCCGCAUCGUCGACUCGGGGCAGAUACGCAAGGGCACCAUCGUGCCAGACCUCACCUUGGGGCUACGGCGAUGA